AAUCGGCACACUGUUACUCUCUGAAUUGUACUGAUCCCUGCUGCGCCUACCAGUGGUACGUCACUUCGCCGUUCGUCGAAGACCAUAUUCCUCGUGCCGACGAGAGGCUGAAGCUUGAGGAGGAUGCAAUAUUCUCGGCUGCUGAUGCAUAUAGCUCCUCUGCUCAAAUAGAAGAGAGAUGUCCUAAAUGUGGCCACAACAGGGCUUAUUUUGUGCAAAUGCAAACCAGAUCAGCAGAUGAACCGAGCACUGUAAAAUAUUCUUGUAUGAAAUGUAAUUACAUAUGGACCGAAAACUGA